GAGAAAUGUUAUUGUUGUAUGAAAAAUAUGAUGCACAUUUUAAAUUUGACCACUGCAACAUGUUUCCCAAAAGUAGGAACAGGGGCAUGUUUAUCAUUCUGUUGCAUCAUCCUACAAUAGGCCUUCUUGACUCUGGGAUAUCAAAGUUUAACUAAGUGCCAGUAAAUGGGCUUCAUUCUGUUUUCUUGUUAAAUAUUAGCAUUGAUUAGGAAGGGAAGUUAAAAAUUAACAGAUCACCUAUAAAAGAAAGAGAAGCUGUGGAUCACAUCAUUGAGAGACUCAUCUUCAAACCAACCUGAACGAUGAAAUUCACCACGGUGUUGUGUGUUCUGCUGUUUUCCGGCUUGGCUUUGGCGCAGGAUGAGGCUAUUGCUUUUAGACUAUUACCAUGCUUUACCAACCUGUGUGAGCGCAUAAGAGAGUUUGAUGCCAUGACAGAGAAACUCCAAGCUUUGGAGACCAAAGUGAAGGACAGUGAAAACCAGAUUGUGGAGCUGAAGAACAGAGAAACAACCAAGGUGAUAUUCAGCGCUGCAGUGGGAGGAGAAGGAGGACAAAGCAGGACUGUUGGCCCUUUCAACACCAACACAAUUUUAACGUACGAAAAAGUGUUCACAAACAUCGGCAACGCCUACAAUGCAGCCACAGGUACCUUCACUGCACCUGUUGCAGGCGUUUAUUACUUCACCAUGUUCUUUCAUGCUGGAGGAAGCCAUGAGGCUCAACUGUAUUUGUACAAGAACUCCGAUCUGGUGAUCGUGACCCAUGAUCAUCGAUCUGACACCGACACGGCUGAUAAUGGAGGAAACGCAGUGUUCCUGCAGCUGCAGCAAGGAGACCAGGUGUAUGUGAUGCUGCUUGAAAAAUGUCAUGUGUGGGGAUCUGACUUCCACACAACCUUCAGUGGGUUUUUGGUCACUCAGAUGUAAAAUUGGUGGAUUGAUUAACGCUACUACUUUAUUUUAAAUGUGAUAAACCAGGAGGAUGUUGAGCUUGAAUAAAUACCUGGAGAAAUAUCCAUCACUUCAA